AUGAGCGAUAUGGCAGUUUCGAAGCCUUUUGAGAAGAAUUUCUACCAGCCGACGGAAUACACGGUCGGCGUGCCGGAGCCAGAGGUGCGCGAAUACCGUCGCAAAAAUGAGAUUCAGAUUUUGACUCCGGGCUGCGACUUCAAGCCGGUGUUCCGAUUCGAAGACGCUGGAUUCCGACCCGAACAGACGCAACGUCUACUGGAGGCCGGCUUCACGGCACCUUCCGCCAUCCAAGCACAAUCCUGGCCGAUCAUCAUGUCGGGCAAGAACUUCAUUGGCAUCGCGACUACCGGUUCCGGGAAGACGCUCGCUUUUCUGCUACCCGCCCUCGUGCACAUAGCGGCGCAACGCCGCUUAAACCCAGGCGAGGGUCCGAUCUGCCUCGUGCUAGCGCCCACGCGUGAGCUCGCGGAGCAAAUUCGAAAUGAAGGUCGCAAAUUCUGCAUGGGCGUCCGCAUUUCUGCCAUCUACGGCGGAUCUCCAAAGCGUAUGCAGCUGCAAGAACUAGGCGGCAGAGUAGAAAUUCUGGUUGCUUGUCCUGGGCGUCUGAUCGAUUUUUUGAAAGACCGCAGACUUACCAUUGGCAGAGUCACGUUUUUCGUUCUCGACGAAGCUGACCGCAUGCUAGACUUCGGCUUCAAGCCCCAGAUCGAAGAAAUCAAUGAGUACAUUCGCAAGGACAGACAGGUGUGUUUCUUCAGCGCGACGUGGCCGAAAGAGCUGCGCCACCUCGCUUAUAGUCUCUGCGAGGACCAACCCGUGCACGUGCAAAUUGGCAGCAGCGAGCUGAGCGCUGCGAAGUCCGUGAAGCAGCACGUCAAAAUAGUUAGCGAGGAAGAGAAAUACAACGAAGUCAUCAACCUCCUUCGCGAUCUAGAGCAGCGCGGCACCAACGCCGGCAUCAUGAUCUUUUGCGAAACCAAACGGUCAUGUGAUUACUUCGCGCGCGAACUGCGGCGACAGCAGUUCAACUGCGUGUGCAUCCACGGCGACAAAGAGCAGGAAGAACGCAGAUACGUGCUCGAAGAGUUCAAAACUGGACGCGCCAACAUUUUGGUCGCCACCGACGUGGCCUCGCGUGGCCUCGACAUCAAAGACGUGAAGGUGGUCAUCAACAUCGACAUGCCGAUGCAAAUUGAGGACUACGUCCACCGCAUUGGACGCACUGGGCGCGCGAACGCCACGGGCGAGUCUUACACGUUCUUUACGGAUAAGAAUAAGAGCCUUUGUAAAGCGCUCGUCGGCGUACUGCAGGACGCUGGCCAGGAGGUUCCCGUUGAACUGAGCUCUAUGAUUCGAACAGCGCCGCAGUACAACUCACGCUUCGGGCGCAGCCGCUACGGGGGCGGAGGUUUCGGCCGUGGCCACGGCGGACCGUACGGCAACCGUGGGGGCGCGCCAGAAAAGUUUCGAUGA